AGACAACAAGUUGGUCGCCAACGGUGGCAGGCAGCGAUCACCUCCACACUUCAGUCUUCGCUCGUCUUGUUGUUCUUGUGUGAGCAAUGGAUGUCACCCCUCCUCAUCAUUCCAUUGACAGGAUUGAGAGGUUUUCUUACGACUAGCUACUGGCUCAACACUAUCGUACGGUCCAGUUUCCACCGCUGUCAUCGCUGUUCGUUUCCCUUGGAGAGUGCGACACGAAAAUACACGACACUUUAGAAAAGGUAGCCUACCAUUCUUCCAAUCAAAUCAGAACAGAUAAUAGUACCCUCAUCACACCACAACCUACUACAUUCAAUUAUCUACAAUCACAAUGAACAUUGACGACGCGGCGGUCCGCACGUUGCAAUCGAGUACCCCCUUGCACGUAUUGACCAUUUCACGGGCCACACUGCCGCUGGUGCGCAUGGCAUAUGACCAAGAUCCACUCGCGUUGACGGACGAUGUACUGCAAGACGCGUUUUCAAAAGGCGCUCGACAAGACGUGGUUCAGUUUUUGGUCCAGAAAAAGGGAACCGAUUCGUAUCAAGUCUCGCACAUGAUGGGCCAAGUCUUUCUCGAAGCCAUUUCUGUAUUGCAACCACCACAACCAGCACAGCCAGCAGACAAUACUACUACUACUACUACUGGAGAUACUAUUUCACAAGCCUGCCAAGCACUCCAACGAUUGAAUGAUCUCUGUCACGCCUUUCCGGAAUCCCUCAUUAAUACCGAUCCCAACAAACUCUGUCCCGUCAGUAUCGUCUUGGGCUGUACCGCUUUUCCCAUGGAAUUGUUAGAGAGUAUGAUACGGUUGGUGCCUACCAAUGAGUCGCGAUUUACAUUACGAGGUGACGGCAAUUUGCCGACCGACCAUACCGCCUUUUUCAAUGCCAUGCGACACGAAUUUGACGAUCGAUGCAUGGCAGCCAUUGGGCUGAUCCUCACAAAAGUCUCGGAAUUUCAUUGUCGAUGGGAACAUUGGACCGAACGCACGUUCCAACAGUUUCUGACACACUUAUUUGCGUCGACAUGUGCCGUUCGAGAAAUGCACAUGGACAUUUGGCCCUUUUCCUUUGACAAGACACUCGCGCAGUUAAUGACGCCAGUGCCAUCAUCAUCAAGUCAACAAAAGUGCAAUCUCCGCGAUAUAUCCAUUAGUUUUGUGGGAACGGAACGAAAACCCGAUUUUAGUAUUUUGACACCACUGCUGCAAUUGAAUUGUUUUGAUGGCGUUGAAAUCUAUAUUGCCAAGCCGUGGAAAGUCAAUUCCUUUAUUUGCGACACCCUCUGUAAACUCAUGGGACAGGGACGACUCCAAAGUCUCGACUUGAUUGCACAAACCGAUUCCGAUACACUAUUCUUACCACUUAUUCAUGCCGCACACAAAUCGCAAAAUCUAUGUGACUUGAGACUCCAAAAUCUACAACAUCCUGGUGCCGUCAAACGCGCUCAAGAAACCGUGCUGUCACAUUUAGAACAAUCCAAUACCAAAUUGGAAGUCGCACUGAUAUCCGAUUCGUAUCUGACCAGUGAUACCAUACUCGAACAUUCCGGAACACGCAUGCAAGCACAUGUCAAUCCGGAAUGGUUCCUGGAACGCAAACAGGGGAAUCCCCAACAACGGCAAAUUGAUUACUGGACACUCCUCAAUAUUUGUGGCCGGGCGCGAGCUCGUGAUACCAAACACAUGCCCCAAAAGGAAUUGUGUGCCAUUGUUUCGCAAGAAGCACUCGAGGAAUGUUUGGAGUUUUUGGAUAUUCCAGUCACGGCCAAACAAGAUUUCAUUACCAAUAUGCAAUACGGAUUGUUGCGGGAAGCACCCACUAUUUGGUUGCCCAAGUCCAACAACACAAUAAGCACACGACAAUCCAAACGCAAACGAAAACACUCCACGAAGGGAACACGGAAGAGUACCCGCAAACGGCGGAGUACGACGACCGCCAUAAAGUCCGAGCCAUGAUUUGAGUUUGUUCAUUGAGUUCGUAUGAUUUGUAUUUUGGGGGUGCAAUGAAGGAUGGACGGAUGGAGUUGCAUUUGUUGUUUUAGGGUAAAACGAGCUAUUGGCUAUUAUAUGGCUUUGUUGUAUUACAGGUUCGUUCUCAUCUUUUCACGGGAUGGUGUUUCUUUCAAUUGUUGCUCUGUUCAAGUCAUGUCUGGCUCUCGGUCUAGCUAGUCAUCUGGCUCUCGGUCUAGUCAAGUCAUCAAAGCUCAGCACUAGUAGUAGACUGGCUAGCUUGUAGAGACGGUCAGGACUUCUUCCUUCCUUCUGGGCAAGAAAGUGGAGGCGCUGACAGGUUCUUGAUAGCUUUUGCUAGCGGGCCGUCAGGUGACAAAUGCUUCGAAGCAAACGACACAGAUCGGUAGAAUGAUUUCUUCAAGGAUGGGUGCGGCAACACAGAGUUCACGAAAAGGUGCCCUUCUUGCAAUAAUGUUUUCUCGUGCAUGCACCACUCAAAGGUUGAACAGACCUGAAAGAAAUCCCAGCUAGCUAUAGCUCUUAAACUGUUAUCAUUGGUACAUUACUGGCGCAGAGACCCGCUUUAUAAACAAACCUUCUCAUUUGAGAUGUCAAAGAAGAUUCAGUCAAUCUCGUUUGGUAUUGCACUGUAGGUACCGUACGUGAGGAAGACUGCACUGAAACGACGGGGAGGGAAGGAGGGUAUCCUUGGACCCAAGCUAUAUAUGCAUCAUGUUUGGAUAGCUACACCAGUCAGUCAUGGCAUGCCAGCGAAUUGUAGAGAUUCGGCUCCUCGACCAUCUUGUUCUCUCUUUUGCAACUGUUCCUUGACUCGUUCCGCUUUGGUGACAGCUUGUCGUCGGACUCGUUCCAUAUCCUGCAGUGUAUCGUACUUUGUCGUUUCGUCAUCCAUAUGCACGGCCAUCUUGUCCAUGGGUAAUGUCGAAUUGUGCGAGGCAUUGCCUGCCACGAGCACGGUCCGUUCGCGCACCACUUGCGGUAACACCCCCGAAAUGACAUUGAAAAUGGCCACGGCCCAUCCCGGUACGGGAAAGACAAUGAGACGAUUGAGUCGUUCCGGAUGCACCGCCAACAAUCGUGUCGAGACGGUCCGAAUGAGGGGAAUCAAUUGGAGUGGUUUGGGAUUGGCCCACGGGGGAGCGCCUCGAACGUCCAACCACAAAUCGCCCGUGGCGAGUUGACUUUUAUUGGUGUCAUCGAG